AUGCUGCUGAUUGUGCCCAUAUCUCCUCCGAAGGUUCGGGCAAGUGAACAGUUGAAGAAGAAAUGGAGAAAUCUUCGAGACUCCUACAUGAAACAUCUCAAAUCCAUCAAGCCUACCACUGGUCAGGCCAAGAGGAACUAUGUGGCGUGGCCUUGGUCCUCUCAGAUGGAGAGAUUCAAGCCUUUUCUUGGAAUGGCCAAAACUGUCUCAAAUAUAAGUGCUACUGAAACUCAAGGUACAGAUGUAAACAAUGAGGUAGUUUUUGAACCUGAUGUGGGCAAUAACAACCACGACCAUAUUUCAGCCGAUGGUCAAUCUCCUGUACGUGAGCCAAUUGAAAUUAACAGGCCUGAUAAUGUAGAUCUUGCCUCCGAACCCCGUAUAAAAAAAAGGAAAACCCAGUCCCCUGGCAACAGCAACAACGUUGACAAAGUGGUACAAUAUCUAGAGGGGAAAAACAAAAUCCAACUUGAUGCGACUGACCAUUUGAUGCUGGGUUAUUCCAAAACAAUCAAGACUUUCUCGCGCGCAAGACAGGCUCAGAUUAAACUACAGAUUGCUCAGAUAAUCAAUCUUGGUGAACUGGAGCAAUUACGUGAAGAAGAUCUUUCAACAUCAUGUAGCUCUUCAGUAGGAACUCGGCGUGACUUCGAUCCAACUUAUCCAAAUGAUGAAGAGCUCGAAGAACAAAGAUUCCGUGUUUACAAUUCUUUUGGAAAUGUUUAACUUCAUAAGUACUAACUCUUGUGUUUAUAGUUUUCCUUUGUACAUGAAAAUUUAAUUCUUUGGCAUAUUGGACA